GAGAAGCGGAUGAUGACAUCUUCAUACCCAAGCUGCACUGCUGAAAAAUUCACUUCUUGUCAAAUUGCUCUUAAGAAGAAAUAAAUGUUCAAUGAAGAAUGUCUUAAUGGCGGCUCCUGAAAUCUCAUAUUAAACUUGAGGAGACAUUAGAUUUUUCAAGAGGAAAGAUGGGAUGUGCCUGCAGUUCGGACUCUGACAGUGAAUGGAUUGAGAAUUUAGAUGAAAUCUGUGAGCACUGCAACUGCCCCAUACCCCCGCCAUCAAGCAAUCCAUACACAGAUCAGCUGAUUCCAUAUUCAUCACAAUAUUCCCCUCCUACAUCACCUUUACCAGACAACAUCGGGGUGGCCACAUACAGCUAUGAACCCAAACAUGAAGGCGACCUGGGCUUUGAGAAAGGAGACAAGCUUAAGAUCAUCAACAAGGAUGACCCAGAGUGGUAUUUGGCAGAGUCUCUUACCACGGGCCAGAGGGGCUUCAUCCCAUACAACUUCAUUGCAAUGACCACAGUGGAGACUGAAGCGUGGUUCUUCAAGAACAUUUCUAGAAACGAUGCUAUGAGGCUCCUCUUUGCUCCUGGGAAUACACUGGGCUCCUUCCUGAUUCGAGAAAGCGAGACAGCUAAAGGGUCUUUUGCACUAUCAAUCCGGGAUUUGGACCAGGUCACAGGUGAAGGAGUGAAGCACUACAAGAUCCGUAACCUGGAUGAUGGUGGCUUCUACAUCACAACCAAGAUAUCAUUUAGCUCGCUGAAGGAGCUUGUCCAGCAUUACUCACGUGAUGCAGAUGGGUUGUGCACCAACCUGGUGAAGCCAUGCCAGUCGAGAAUGCCGCAGAAGCCCUGGUGGCAGGAUGAGUGGGAGAUUCCCAGAGAGUCCCUGAAGUUGGAGCGCAAGCUUGGAGCUGGACAGUUUGGAGAAGUUUGGAUGGGCAUCUACAAUAAUGACAGAAAAGUUGCAAUUAAGAAUCUGAAGAUGGGCACAAUGUCAGUGGAAGCUUUCUUAGCAGAGGCGAACAUGAUGAAGAACCUGCAGCAUAGUCGUCUUGUCCGCCUCUUUGCCGUGGUUACUCAGGAGCCAAUCUACAUCAUCACAGAGUACAUGGAAAAUGGUAGCCUGGUGGAUCACCUAAAAACGCCACAGGGAAGCAGUUUAUCCAUUAAAACUCUGAUAGACAUGGCGUCUCAGGUGGCUGACGGCAUGGCCUUUAUAGAGCAGAAAAAUUACAUUCAUCGAGACCUCCGAGCUGCCAAUAUUCUGGUUUCGCAAGACCUCAUUUGUAAGAUUGCUGACUUUGGACUGGCAAGACUCAUCGAAAACAAUGAAUACACGGCCAGAGAAGGUGCAAAGUUCCCCAUUAAAUGGACUGCGCCAGAAGCUAUUAACUACGGCACCUUCUCCAUAAAAUCUGAUGUUUGGUCAUUUGGGAUCCUCCUCACAGAAAUAGUGACAUAUGGGCGUAUUCCCUACCCUGGUAUGUCCAACCCUGAGGUUAUCCAGAACCUGGAGCGGGGGUACAGAAUGCCGCAGCCAGAUAACUGCCCUGAUGGUCUAUAUGACAUCAUGUGUGACUGCUGGACAGAGACCCCAGAGAACAGACCCACAUUCGAGUACCUGAAAAAUGUUCUGGAGGAUUUCUUCACUUCCACAGAGAGGCAGUAUCAGGAAUAGCUGCAGUGGAACGAAGAGACAUAGAGACAUGCUUUCAAUAUAUUCAAACUAAAUGCACAUCUGUGAACAUGGAUACUGGACUUUGAAUUAUUUACCAGAGUUUAAGCCUCUUUACUGACAGGCUUAAACUUAUAAAAUGAUUGAAAUAAGAGUGUAGUUUUUCUGCAUCAAACUGAUUGUGAUAACAUGUGCUUCAAUCACAAGUGGAAAUAUAAACCUGAAGCAAAGACAGCUGGAUCCCAGCCAAAGAGGAGAGUGGUCAUCAUACUGUUUAAAAAAAAAACAGGGGACUUUAUAUAAAGCAGAACAAGCAGCUGCUCUCCUGGUACUCUUCAACAUGUAAAUAUU